AUGGCAUACCGGGAUAGAGUACGCCCAAACUACCACCUUGGUCGGGGUCGUGGCCGCGGCCGCGGAGGCCUCGCACAACAACCUUGGCGCUCCUCGACACUGGAGCCGACCCGACCUGGGCCAGACCAUCCUGCAGGAGCAGUCUCACAGUCGCUCUGCAAACCAGACCUGACCACGGAAGCCCAGAUGCUCAAAGGGCAAGCCGUCAUCACUGGUAGUCGUCUGGUCGCCUCUUACAGCUGGCUUGACACGCCAACACCCACCAUUCUGAUUCCUGGAAAACCUCCCAAGUGGACACCUCUGCCAACGCCGACCAAGCUUGACGAGGACAGCGAAGAGUACUUCCGCGACCCCAACGGCGCCCGAUACCCAGACCACCCGACGGAGCCUGCCGUUCUUGCCAGUCUUGCUGAAGAGCCCAAGCUUCCCUCGACAGUCGACAUCGUUUGCUGCAGCAGCACACUGGGAAAUCUGCUCCGCUUUGUGCGCGGGCAGGAGCAGGCCUUUCGCAUGUCUCUGGAGAUUGUUGGAAAUACGGUGUUCUUGAUCCGCAGGGAGAACUCGCCGAGGGAGAUCAUCCCCAACGUCCGCGGUUACGGUCAUACAUUCCCGGAGGCAUACACAACAUGGGGAUCUGACGUGAAGGGCUCCUGUUCGCACCAGCGUAUCAUGCGCUAUAGCUUUGGUGGCCUGAACAUUAUGACUCGGUUUGAGGCUGAUGGAUAUAUCGCCGCUGAUGAUAGUGAAGCGGCAUUGAAUGUUGCACCUACGACAUCAUCGAACACCCUGGAGGAUCCUGGUGAUGAGAUCAGCAAUGCUAUCCACGACCUGAAGGUAUUGACUACAAUGAACAAUUCAAAAGAACUUAAGGUUAGAAAGGGAGGGUGUCUUGUGGACCAGGCAUUUAUAUUUGAUCUUAAAACCAGAGGUCUGUAG